AUGUCUUCGACAAUUUUGGGCACUCAGUUUCCGUCACCACCAGCUAGGCCCACUUCACCCAACAAAGAAACAAGCUCUGGUACUAACGGGCUCAGAGGCAUUAUGACUGCUGGGUUAUCAAAAGUCAAUAAUGACAACCACUUACCCAUGCCGCCUACCUCGCCUACUGGUGACCUUUCAAGAUCUGCUGUACCGCAUUUGAGAAGAUUAUCGACGUUGUCGGGAAAAAAAGAUUUUUCAGAUUUGGCGGAUUUAAAUAUACCAACUAUUACGGAAAAUCGAGAGGAUGUCACUGGUCUAAAGGGUCGUAUCAGAUUGCAAAAAGACUCUACGCGAAGAAAUUCGCGAACAUGGAUGGAUCAACAACGUAAAAACAUUCAAGCUUACGAGUAUUUGUGUCAUAUUGGGGAGGCUAAAGAAUGGAUCGAAGCAUGUGUAGCUGAAGAAAUUGAACCAAUUGUAGAAUUAGAAGAAUCAUUACGUAAUGGGAUCGUAUUAGCAAAACUGGCUAGAUCCUUUGAACCUACAGUUGUCCCAAAAAUAUACAUGGCUCCUAAGUUACAGUUUCGACAUUCAGAUAAUAUCAAUUUCUUUUUCCUGGCAAUUAGGAAAGUUGGAUUACCUGAUAUAUUUUGGUUUGAAUUGACUGAUCUUUACGAAAAGAAGAAUAUACCGCGUGUUAUUUAUUGUAUUCACGCUUUAAGUCAUUUAUUGUCAAGACGCGGAAUAACACCUCAAAUUCGAAAUUUAAUAGGAAAAUUAGAGUUCACUGAGGAGCAAUUAUCAUUGACGCAACGUGGAUUAGACGCAUCCGGAAUCAUUAUGCCUAGUUUUGCAAACGUGGGUCAUGCAUUAUCCGCUGAAUUGAAUGAGUUUGUAGAAGAGCCAGAAGAGACAGAAGAAGAAAAAAACAGGCGAUAUUGGAAUGAGAAUUUAGAAAAAAUAAUCAAAUGCCAAUCGUAUAUACGAGGACGUAUUGCUCGACGUCAAUUUUAUGAAGAUUUAGAAAAAAUAAUCAAAUGCCAAUCGUAUAUACGUGGACAUAUUGCUCGACGUCAAUUUUACGAGAUGUUGGAAUUUUAUCAAUUUGUGGAGCCAUUUGUAAUUCGAUUACAAGCACAAACUCGAGGUUGGAUUGUACGUAAUGAAUGGAAUCAACGAAAACAUCAAUUGGAUAAAUUAGAAAAAUGGGCAAUAAAAUUACAAGCACAUGCGCGCGGUGCAAUCGCAAGAAGAAAAUUCCAAGAUAGAUUAGACUAUUUUCGUGAAAAUAUUGCCAAAGUUAUUAAAAUUCAAAGUUUAUACCGAGCUAAAAAGGAUGGAGAUGCUUAUCGUAGCUUAACGAUGGGAAGUAAUCCGCCAAUUGGAACGAUUAAAAACUUUAUACAUUUACUGAACGACAGCGAUUUCGAUUUUGAAGAAGAAAUUGAGAUUGAACGCCUUCGACAAGUUGUAAUCCAAAGAAUUAGAACUAACAAUCAAUCAGAGACACUUUUAAAUAAGUUAGACAUUAAAAUUGCAUUACUAGUAAAAAAUCGCAUAACUUUAGAUGAAGUGAUAGCGGUGGCUAACCCCAAAAAACGGCAACGGCGUCUAUCACAACUUCACUCGCCCGGUGGUCCGUUUUCAUUGAAAUCUCUCGAUAAAGAAUCUCGACAACGAUUAGAGCUAUAUCAACAAUUCUUUUAUUUAUUACAGACUAAACCUCAGUAUUUGGCUCGUUUAUUUUUCAUAAUGAAUAAAGCUCGAUUACCGGAUAAAACGAAAAAAAUGGUGGAAGGAGUCGUCUUAACGUUGUUUGGAUACGCACAGAAUGCCAGGGAGGAAUUUUUGUUAUUGAAAUUGUUUCAACGUAGUAUUUUGGAAGAGUUAGAGAGUGUGGAUACGUUGCAAGAGUUUAUGAGGGGAAAUUUUAUGUUUAUGAAGUUGGUGGUUCAAUAUAAUCGUGGCGCAAAAGAACGUAAAUUUUUACGUGAAUUAUUAGGACCUUUGGUGAAAUAUGUAAUGGAUGAUGAUUACAUGGAUUUAGAAACCGAUCCCUUAAUGAUAUAUCGGACAUUAGUUAAUGCCGAAGAAUUACGCACUGGACAAAAAUCUUCUCGACCAACUGAUAUAACACAAACAGAUGCAUUAAAUGAUCCUGAAACAAGGACUGUGUUUAUUCAUCAUCUUCAACGUCUGCGGAAAGAAACAGAAGUAUUUCUAAAUGCCAUUAUUUCAUCAUUAACAAAAAUGCCAUACGGUAUUCGAUACAUUUCGAGGGAAUUGAAAGCGGCAUUAAUGAAAAAAUUUCCGGAUGAGUCCGAAGAUUCGGUAAUGAAAGUAGUUGGACAUUUGGUUUAUUAUCGAUAUUUGAAUCCAGCCAUUGUUGCACCGGAAGGAUUUGAUGUAAUUGAGACAGUUGUUAGUCCAAUGCAACGAAAAAAUUUAGCAGAGAUAUCCAAAAUGUUAAAUCAAAUAUCAGUUGGACGACUUUUCACCGAGGAUAAUAUGUACUUGCAACCAUUAAACGAUUAUGUUGGAUAUGCGUCCAAAAGAUUCGCCGAUUUCUUUACGGAUGUGACCAAAAUUCAAGAUCCCGAAGUUUAUUUCGAUAUUGAUGAAUAUAAUGAUCUGAUACAAACGCAUAAACCAGUCAUUUAUAUAUCACCAUUAGAAGUAUUUUCAACGCAUGCAAUGUUUUUAGAACAUUUGGAAAUGAUCGUUCCAGAAAAAAACGAUGUAUUGCUUGAUAUACUAAAAGAGCUUGGUGAUGUACCCCCAUUUGAUGAAGAUUAUCUGAACAAUAAUAACUCACCUAACACUGUCGCAAGUGAAAUUAGUCUCAUACUUACCAAUCGACUUCAAAUCACCGAUUCAGACCUCAAAUCAACAGGAACCGACAUUGCACGACUUUUCGUGGAGACCAAGCGAUAUAUCCUAUCAAUAAUUCAGAGUUCAGCAGAACGAAAUUUAACAAUGUAUAAUAUAAGUAACAUGACUUUUAACGAUUUGAAAAAAGUAACAUUGAAAAAUGUGUUGAAAUUGGAAGAGGAGGGAAAAGUUACACGUCAAAAUAAUUAUCAGGAUUUAUUGAAUGCAAUCGCGGUUGAUAUUCGAAAUAAAAAUCGACGUCGGGUUCAACGACAACGAGAGCUUAAACAAAUUCGACAGACAUUAUCUAACUUAGAGGAGAAGCGUAUUUACUUGGAUGAUCAAAUUAAAAGUUAUAAUGAUUAUAUUGAUGUGUGCAUGCAACAAUUAUCGACCAAGAAAGGCAAAAAAUCACGAGUGAUUCUUCCAUUCACGCGACAAUAUUUCCAUAUCCGCGAUCUACAACGUCAAGGUCGCGUUCCAAAAUUCGGAUCAUAUAAAUUCACGGCACAACGUCUUCACGAGAAAGGUGUCCUAAUCUCAAUUGAUGGUUAUUCGAUAAAGCAGUUUGACAAGAUAAGUUUCACCAUAUCAUCUGAUGUGCUUGGAAUAUUUACAAUCGAAGCAGCUUAUAUGGGAGUCUCGGUUCCUGGUGGACAAAUGGAACUAAGGUUGGAAGAAUUGCUACAGAGUCAAUUUAAUAAUGUGCAGGUGGAGAAUUUAAUGGACGGUCAAGUCAAAGUUAAUUUGAAUUUAUUGAUUUUCUUGAUCAAUAAAAAAUUCUUUGUGUAA